AUGGCUACUCAAAACCCUGAUCAUAUAACUUCACUCUACCCCGAAGUGAUCGAAUCCAACCCUGAUAUUCCAUCAUAUCCUUCUUCCUCUUCUCAAUCAAAUCUCUGUCCUUCAAUCGACUUCAACGACCUCGUUCAGAAUCUCUUCCUGGACGAUGUCGCCCCCACCGUUGACACUCCCAAUUCUCCUUUAGCACCACUGGAAACCACCGAAGAGAUCCUCACUAAGAUCCCUGACACCAUUCUCAACCUCAUCGAUAAAGAAUACAGUGUCGAACUCGCUUUCGGUGACUUCACCGUCGUCUGA